AUUCCUGCGUUGUUUAGGGACAGUAGGAAGAUGGCGGCGGCCCCGCUGUACUGUGUCUGCCGGCAGCCCUAUGAUGUGAGCCGGUUUAUGAUCGAAUGCGACAUCUGUAACGACUGGUUUCAUGGCAGCUGUGUCCAGGUGGAGGAGCACCAUGCAGUGGACAUUGAUGUCUACCACUGUCCCAACUGUCAACCUCAACACGGACCCUCUUUGAUGAAAAAGCGAAACAACUGGCACCGGCACGACUACACCGAGCCGGAUGACGGAACCAGGCCGGUACAGGCCGGCACCGCCGUGUUCGUCAAGGAGCUCCAGAACAGGACAUUUGCCAGUGGUGAGGAGGUUCUGCUACAUAUGGCUGGGGAACAGGUGACCCAGAGGUACCUGGAGAAGCAUGGCUGGCAGUACCCCAUCUCCGUCCCCGACAAGGAGGGACUGGGACUCAGGCUUCCACCGCCGUCCUUUUCUGUCAAAGACGUGGAGCAAGUUGUCGGUGGGGAUAAAAUCAUUGAUGUCAUCGAUGUGGCCAGGCAGGCAGACAGCAAGAUGAAGCUGAAGGAGUUUGUCAAAUAUUAUUAUAAGGCCCACCGUCCCAAGGUUCUCAACGUCAUCAGUCUGGAGUUCUCCGACACCAAGAUGGCAGAGCAGGUGGUUAUACCUGACGUAGCUCAGAAGAUGUCCUGGGUGGAGAACUACUGGCCGGAUGACUCCUUCUUCCCCAAGCCCUUUGUGCAGAAGUACUGCCUCAUGGGGGUCAAGAACAGCUAUACGGACUUCCACAUUGACUUUGGGGGCACUUCUGUGUGGUACCAUGUUCUUUGGGGGGAGAAGAUCUUUUACUUGAUCAAGCCGACCCAGGCGAACCUUGCACUAUACGAGGCGUGGAGCUCCUCUCACAACCAGAGCGAAGUGUUCUUCGGGGACCUGGUGGACAAGUGCUACAAAUGUGUCGUGCCGCAAGGAACCACAAUGCUCAUCCCGACAGGUUGGAUCCAUGCGGUCCUCACCUCUCAGGACUGCAUGGCGUUCGGUGGCAAUUUCCUCCACAACCUCAACAUCGGCAUGCAGCUGAGGUGUUACGAGAUGGAGCGGCGCCUGAAAACUCCGGACCUCUUUAAAUUCCCCUACUUUGAGGCCAUCUGCUGGUAUGUGGCCAAGAAUCUUCUGGAGACCCUCAAAGAUUUGCGAGAAGACAACUGCCCGCCCCAGACCUACCUAGUUGAGGGGGUGAAAGCUUUAAUUGGUCCUCUGAAGACCUGGCUGAAGAGAGAGGUUACGGAGCCCACCAGCGAAGUCCCGGACCACAUCAGACCCAACCAUCUCAUUAAAGAGCUGACCAAGGAGAUCCGCUACCUGGAGGAGGACCAGGGCAGCGGCGGGGGCACCAGCAGGCCAGUGAAAUGUCAGGGAAACGCCAGCGGGGGGCAGUGCCCAGCCACGCGCUCCACGCUGGAGAGGGUGUGCCAGGCGCGGCAGGCGCGGCGGGCAGCCCGGAGGCUACGGGCACAGCAGAAGGAGGAGCAGGUCCCCAAAGUGCCGUCAAACCUGGACAUCCUGGAGCUGCACACCAGGGAAGUGCUCAAGAGACUGGAGGUGGGCCCUCUGGAGGAGGACCCCUCCUUCUGCCUCCCGGUGCACGGGAAGUUCAACAUGGUGUCAACCGCGUCCGCGGCUGCCGCCGAGAACCCGGACACGCACCUACGGCUCAUGCUGCACAACGGACAAAUCAUCCGAGACGUGAGGAGGCCGGCAGGCAGCACGAGUACCAGCCCGGCGAAGACGGAGAGCGAGAGCUGGGCUGCGGAGCAGUCGAAGAGCGCAGGGGAGACGGAGGCGAGACGGACAGCGUCAGGACAGGAAGCGCACCACAGCACUACAAGAGAGGAGACUCCGCCCCAGCUCCGCGGGUUGGAGAGGGUCAAGACUGAACUCAGGGAAGAAGCCUUAGGGCACUCAGACAUGUCAGACGUGGAUUCGGACAGUGAUUUCACCACACAGCUUAAAGCCUCUUCUGAUGAAGAUUCAGAAAGCUCCCAGAGUGAUGAUGACGAUAAAGAAACGGAGAGGGGUUCAUCCCAGAGGGCCGCAGGGCACACCAUAGAGCUGGACCGGGCAGACCAGAACCUCAGGCACAGACACAAACCACUCAAAAGAGAACGUCCUACCUCACCCAGCACAGAGGAGGCCAUUCAGGGCAUGCUGUCCAUGGCCGGCCUGUUGUGCCCCUCCAAGCCAGACGAGGGCGCCACCUCACAGGAGCCAUGGUGGUCCAGCCCAAGCCGAGAGCAGCACCAGCAUCAUGUGGCAGGGGACAAUAGCCCCAUGGACAGCCAGGGCAACAGCAGCAGUGAGGCCUGGGACAAUCAGGGGCCCCUCUCCUUUGGGGCCCCCAGCCCUCUUAGCCACAACGCCAGCCUAGGGGACAACUACCAAUACUGUGACCCCUCCAUGUCCCCCCCUCUGCACCCCUCCAAGAGGAACGCUUCCAACUCCCCCCCUGUCAGCAACCAGGCCACCAAAGGCAAGCGGCCCAAGAAAGGAAUGGCCACAGCUAAGCAGAGACUGGGGAAGAUCCUGAAACUGAGUCGACACAAUCGUCUCUUUGUGUAAAGCUCAGAGUGCCACAGUCAAAGCUGAGCGGAGUGGGAAGGGGGGGUGGGUGGGGGUGGGGGGGUAAAAAGCCUCUCCUUGUAUGCGGACCUCUGUAUUUAGUCGAGACAUCUUCACCGUGUCGAAAUCACUGCCUGGGAAAGAGGCCCACCUGGAAGAGGCCCACCUGGAAGAGUUGUUGGUGGACACUCACUGUGCAUGCCUAGGAUCACAGGGUAUUGGAUUCAAACACACAGACUACCAAGCAAGUGCACCGCUUCACUGCAAGCACACUAAAACACAAGGUAGGGGGGAAAAAAAGAGCAUGUCGAUUACUCAACUGCAGGGAAAAUUUAAAGAGGGAGUCCCAGUGGGCAUUCAGGAGCCAUGAUUAAAUGUUCCAGAUGUUGGGAUGAGGGUAGGAAUGAAGUCCUCUGUACAUUACAACUUUGACGCCAAUUAUUCUUCAGCCAGUGCUUGAUAUAACACCAUCUGAAUCGACGCGAGUCUGCUUUUUGUGUCUGAACUUCGCCGCCGCGCCUUCCUAGAAUAUCUGCAGCACUAUAAACUUCAUGAGGCCCCCGGACAAGGCAGAGGGCGGGGAUUUCCACAGGAUGACACUGGUACUGACCCACCUGGCUCUGUCUGGGCUCUCUCCCUCCAGCAGGGACCUCUUUAGCCCUUAGAAUCAAAGGGUGCUAAGCUAAACCGAAUUUGUCUCAAAAUGGUGCUUAAUGUUUCUACGUCCUAAUGCUCCACCCAGCUCUCCUUAUCUCAAUCACACCAGCAAUAAUGAAGUUGAGUAGAGAGGGGUUUUGAAAGGCAGCACUCUUUAGGAGUCAGCUUCCUUUCCAGCUAGGUCAUCAUUUGUCAUUUUAAAGGUGAUUAACUAAAUUGUCAUAGCACUUUUUUUUUAUGCUACCACACAUCAGAUCUAAAACAAAGUAAACUUGUCUUCAAGUCUAAUUUUACAUGUUUCAAUGCUUUGAUAAACGAAUAGGGCAUUCACAAUAUAUAUAACGUAAGACAGGAUACAUAACAGGGUUUAAUGAUCCAUAUGGUUUUGCUGCCUCCUUGUGGUCAAAAGCGAGGAGAGCGGGGGAGUGCUGCCUCUCAAAAACAAAUGUUUCAUAGUGUAGGAAUAUAGUAUAAGUUGUUUCCUUAGUUGAAAAGCAAUGAUAAUAAGAAACAACUAAUACCCUACCUAAUUUAUUUUUAGUUUUUUAUUGUGUUUUUUUUUUUAAUGGAUUCUGAAUUAUGUAUUUAUUAAUUGAAAAAGGUGAAUAAUGAUUUUAUUAUAUUUUGGCCCUAAACCUCGGCUAUUUUAGGGAUUUCCUUUAAGUUUUUUUUACUCUGUUUAUCAUGUUCAUUGUAUAUGUGGAAACGUUUGACUUUGUGGUCACGAUCUAUUGUGUAGAUAUUCUCCUACUGACUUAACAAAAUUUGUAUCUGAAUUUCUAUUCUUUACACCUAUUCUGGCCAAAUCGGCUUUGUUCACUUGAUUUAAACCUUUGUAUUCCUAUGCUGUCUCCUAUGGUUUCCUCUGAUUGUUUCCAGAGGUUAGUGGGGUUGUGUGCUAAGAGAAUGGAAAAUACUGUGACUACAGAAUACUACACCCUUGCCCCAUUACAAACCUAAAAAAAAAAAAAUACCAGAUUUUUCUAAAUGGAAAAAAAAUACAAGAAUCAGACUCAUGACCGUCACUGGUCUGUAGAUUUGAUGUCAUGUACGCAUGGAGUUGUAUUAGGCUGCUUUUUCUAAGAUUCCUAUGACAUGUUGCUGAAGUGAGGUGUGUGUGAUUUGAUUGGGAUUACAAGUUCUUUACUCUCAGGGAAUGACGCCACGGAUAAGACCUCUGAUUUAAUCACCAGCUACAUCUCUGCUACAGUAUAUUUCUUCCAAUCAGACUCCUGUACUAUUGACACGUGUCUUUCAUGUCAUAUAGCUGAGCAGCGAUGCAUUAGAAUUUACCAAGUUAACAUGGUUAAUGUGGAGAUGAAGCAAUCUAUGCUCAAGCUCUCCCUAGGUAAAUACCAUCUUACUUCCUUGUAUUCAUAUCAAUGCAUGUAACCACCAGCGAGAUUCAAAAUCAUCCAGCACCUACCGGUUUACUUAGCAGGCUGUAGGACACUCCGCAGACAUUUGGAUGUCUUGAGCUAAGUGCUUUCUCAAGUCAGUCUGUUGACAUCACGAUUUAGUGGCCAAGUUGCUUUUAUGACUUGAAGGCUGUGCUACAGGUGAGGUAUUAAAUCGAUUCCUAACACAAAGAUCCUAUUUUCAUGUGUUCUACUCCACUAAAUACAAAACAAGUGGUUUAAAUCACAUUGCUAGACUACAUUUCCUCUUAAAUGUAACACUAUGCUUUUACCUUUGAACUCUUAUUGCAUGUUCAAGUCCUCACCAUUCAUCGGUGUGAUAUUAUUCACCAGAGCUAGCCUGCAGGCAGGGUUAUAAGGAGCAGUUUUUUUUGUACAGUAUUUAUUUACCAUGACUCAUGCAAACCUAUUUGCAUGUGUGUUUUUGGAUAAACAGUCAUUUUUCCUCUUUGCAUUAGUUCUGAUGGUUUGAUUUAGCAUAAUGAUUUGAACCACACAAACACUGGGUUACUGUGACACUGUUACUUGAUGCAUUAAAUGUUUCAGCAUUUCAAAAAUGUCCUGUAAAUAUAUUAAAGUUUUUUUUUUCUUAA